CAAAACGGUUCCUUCUUCCUUCCUUAGGUCCAUUACCUUUCUCUCUCUAAAUCCCCAUUUCUCUCUCUCUCUCUCGCUCUUUCGAUGCACCAAACACUCUCAUUCUCCAACUUCACAUGGCGGGUCAAUUCUCUCUAAGACCCAUUUCUUCUUCUUCUUCUUCCUCUUCCUCUUCUUCAUCCCUUACUCUUGCUUCUCGCUUGCUUUUCCUCUUAACUCUUCUCCCCUUGACUCUCGCCUGCUUUGCUUUCCUCCUCCAAUGGCGUGGCGGCCUCAAUGAUCCCGUUACCCGUUGGUCACCUGACCAGCAUGAAUUCCCCGGUAUGUCCACUACUGCCCCUUCUAUCGCUUCUCAUUCUUCCCAUUCGGAUUGUGUCGAUCUUCUAGGUCGGAGUCAUUCCCCUGCAUUUUCUUAUUACCGAGACUGGAAGUUCGACUACGGUACGGAUCUGAAGCCCAAGAUAUGCAUUACAACAAGCACUUCUGCUGGUUUAGAGCAGACUUUACCCUGGAUUUUUUACCACAAGGUGAUUGGAGUUUCAAACUUUUUCCUUUUCGUAGAAGGAAAGGCUGCCUCUCCAAAUGUUUCCAAAGUUUUAGAGACCAUUCCGGGAGUGAAAGUUAUAUACAGAACAAAAGAGCUAGAAGAGCAGCAAACAAAAAGUCGGAUUUGGAAUGAGACAUGGUUGUCAAGCUUCUUCUACAAACCAUGCAAUUAUGAAUUGUUCGUGAAGCAGUCUCUGAACAUGGAAAUGGCUAUUGUCAUGGCCAGGAGUGCUGGUAUGGAUUGGAUAAUCCACCUGGAUACUGAUGAACUGAUGCACCCUGCGGGCACGCGGGAGUAUUCAUUGAGACAAUUGCUUGCGGAUGUGCCUUCAAAUGUUGAUAUGGUUAUUUUCCCAAAUUAUGAGAGCAGUGUUGAGCGAGAUGAUGUCAAGGAACCUUUCAGUGAGGUUUCGAUGUUUAAAAAGAAUUAUGACCAUCUACCAAAGGAUGUGUACUUCGGUAAUUACAAAGAUGCAACCCGUGGCAAUCCAAACUAUUUCUUGACUUACGGAAAUGGAAAAUCAGCUGCUCGGAUUCAAGACCAUCUUCGUCCAAAUGGGGCACAUCGAUGGCACAAUUACAUGAAAACUCCCAACGAGAUCAAGUUGGAUGAAGCAGCUGUUCUACAUUACACAUACCCUAAAUUUACCGAUUUGACUUCAAGACGUGAUCGAUGUGGCUGCAAACCAACAAAGGACGAUGUUAAAAGAUGCUUUAUGUUAGAAUUUGAUAGAGCUGCUUUCAUAAUUGCUUCAACUGCAACAGAGGAAGAAAUGCUACGCUGGUAUCGUGAACGGAUUGUGUGGACUGAUAAAGCACUAAAUUUAAAACUUUUAAGAAAGGGUAUUCUGACUCGCAUUUAUGCACCUAUGGUCAUUAUUCAAGGAUUGAGGAAUUCCGGCAUCUUUAGUUCUGUAAUCUCAUCUGCUGUUCAAAAUACACUUGCCAAAGAUCAAUUCUUAUCAUCUGUCGAGAGUAGUAACUCUUCUAGACGAAUUGAAUCUGGAGGUUUAUCUUCUAGAAAGGUUGGUAUUAAUAGGGGAGAUUCUCAAGCAACUGCCAGAAAGGUCCUGGAAAUUGUGGACAGUCUUUCUGAUCUUUCAGCUAUCCCACCAUUAUCUCCCCCCAGCCUCGACGAAGACGUUCCCGUUCCUGUGGACACAUAAUUAUCAUCAUCCAUCAUCGUAAAUUGUUUCGAUUUCACACAGUCCUCGGUUGUAGGAUUUGGAAUUCAUUAGUCUGGCAAAGGAGGGAACUUUUACCAAGAGGUGACUGAUCGAUCUCUAGCCUUGCCAUGAAAAAUUCGAGUGUUUGAUUCAUGGGGUUCUUCCCGAUCACUGUCCAAGCGGCUGAUGUACAUUUCAGGUUUAGAUCUUACAGUCUAUAGAGUUAGAAUUGUAGAGAGAGCUUGGAUUUUGGAUUUAUUGUUAAUGAUUGGUUGGUUUUUUCUAGUAGCCCUAUUUGACUACAUUCCCAAAACAUUUCUGUUGCUGCAGUUUGUGAUUUCUUCAGUUGUUUGUUUCCUUAUUAUACAUAUAAAAAAAGAAGGAUUUUCAGAA